CAAUUCACUCUGGAAAUUUUUGAUUUCUCAUCAUGGCUUUUCUCUUUAUCAUUAAAGCGAAAACCACACUCUUUAAAGGAGGCACCUUUCUCUUUGGAUCGCAUUCACCGUUGGUUAGUUUCACAUUCUCUCCCAAGUUGGCGUUUCGUUUGCAAUGGCACAACCUCGGGACUCGCCCAUGGAAGCGGUUCCCGGUACGCCGGGGAUCCGGGAGGUCAGGUCCGAUUUGGGGUCUGAGAGUUUUGGUUUUUGCACGCACCAGCUGCCUCGGGAACCCAAUAAGCCGGGGAUUCGGAAGGUGAGUUUGCGGGCUGAGAUCGACACCUCGCCACCUUUUGGGUCCGUCAAGGAGGCUGUCACCCGGUUUGGCGGUAGCGGUCCUUGGCUUCCGCUCUAUAAGUUUGGGGACACAUAUCAUGAAAUGGAGGAGUUUGACAUAAGGAAAGUGGAGGAACAGGCAGCAGAGCUGGAGAAGGAUCUAAUUGUGAAAGAAUUGGAAACGCUUGAUGUCCUGGAAGAACUGGGAGCAACGAAAAGGAUUGUGGAAGAGUUGAAGCAACAGCUGCAGAAAGAAGCAUUGAAAUGCAUGGAAACCCCGGAAUUGCAUUCGGAUGAUCAAAUGUCAGCCCCUGCCAUCAAAGAAAUGAACAGAGAACAUUAUGAACAAAUAGUAGGGAGUUCCAGUCCACGUCCUGCUUCUUCCCCUGAUGUAAUCUUGAUGGAGUUGAAACAAGCAAAAAUGAAUCUUGGUAAAACUAUCAAUGAUCUUGGGGUGAUUCAAACUUCUGUUGAAUCUCUAAAUAAGAAAAUGAAGCAAGAGAAAAGUUUACUUGAAAAGACCUGCCAGAGGCUAACUUCUAAGUUUGCAGGGGUGGCACCUUUAGAGGAGGAAGCAAAACAGAUGAGACUGAGGCCAAAGACUCCCAAUGAUGCAGAAGCUAGAAGGAAUUUUGCAAAUUCUACCAAAUAUCCAAUGUCGCAUAUGCAAAUGGGUUGCAGUACUGGAGAAUUCAAGAAAAUGGUUGAUCCUAUGCGAGAAGUUCCUGGGAAUGAACAGAGCAAGUACCGUAUGAAAACGGCUGAAAUGAGGUGGGUUGCAGCCAAAAAGAUGGAGGAAGCAGCAAGAGCAGCAGAAGCUCUUGCACUUGCUGAAUUGAAGGCAUUAUCAAGUAGUCAUGCCAGUUUGCCGGAGUUUUCCUUGCCAGAGCCUGAGCAAUCUCCUCAAACCCCUAGAGUAUCAAAGGCUGAGGAGGAACUGUCAAACAAACAAGUUGUGCAUGCUAUUCAUAAAUUCACUGAAGUAAAUUUAUCUAAGCUGGCUAUUCUCAGAAAGUUGGAGGAAGCUACAGAAGAAGUUAAAACUAGCAAAUGGGCCUUAGAGCAGGCUCUUAACAGAGUGGAACUUGCUAAUAAAAAACAAUAUGCUGCUGAAGAAGCUCUGAGGAGAUGGAUGCCAGGGUAUGAGCAGAGAGGUGAGGCAGAGUAUAAUGCAAGCAAACUCAACAAUUUUCACCAGUUGGCUCAAGGACACGAACAUUCUCCACUGCAUCAUGACAACCACCCAGAGCUAUUGAAUGAUGAUUCAAAGCCUGUUCUGAAGCCAACAGUUUCAAUGAGAGACGUAUUGAGCAGGAAGCAAGUUAUCCCUGAAGAAUGUGUUGUGAGAAGGCAAACUGAAGGCCGCACUGAAAGGCAGAAGGUAGCUUUGAGUCAGAUGCUCCAUGAAUUAAGGGAGGAUCUAACAUUUCCUGCAAAAACUGAAAAACACCCUGGGGAGCAUGAUCAAAAACAGUUGUUUGCACAGAGGAGAAAGUUUGGUUUCAUCCACAUAUCUCUUCCCUUGGCAAAACAAGGCAAGAAGAAAGCACAAGCUCUAAAUACAAUGUGAUCAAGUGAAGAUUUGAAUCAUUUGUGUGUAUUGUUUUCGAGUCAUGGUUGCUGCUCUUGGUGUCUUUGAGAACUUUGUUUGAGAAGUUUUUAGAAUUGUUGUUUUUAAUCCAUGUAUUAUUCUGUAGUCAGGUUUGUGUUGUCUACCCAAGGCAACAUAUAUUGGAAUGAUUGUGCUUUAAGUCUUUGUUGUGUGAUUUAUUGUAUAGAUGAAGAGAAUUAUUGCCUUGUAAUCAGAAUUGUCAUACAGUAUGUUACUACUUACUAGUAAUUGCUACAUUUGCAUGCUUACUACCAGAUUUUACCACUGCAUUAAUGAAGCAAUUUGUACAAG